AUGGACGAUAGAAAAAUCAAUACAAAGGGAUCACACGUUAUUUUCCAAUUUUCUCUUUGAAUCCGAGCAAUACUGUUCCGUUACAUUUGUUUAAAUUAACGUGCUUAUCCUUUCAAGGAUGUUCAAGAAUGAAUAUCAGGGUGGUCCUUUUGUGGAAAUCUUCAGUGCUCAAGGGAAAGAUCCUGUAGCAAAAUGGAAACUCUGUGGCAGCCAAUCUUCUAUUUGCAAAGACUUUGACAAAGAAGUUAAGAGUUUUGUUUAUGUUCUUGAGGGCAGCAGUCAAACAAACAAGAUGCAGCUGCCCAAAGACAGCAAAAUGGCACUUGGACUGAUCCAGAGAUACUUGAUUCUUCAGACUUUUGUACCCCUGGGAAAAGACUUCUCAACAGAAUUAAUGAUAACAGAUUUGGGCAAUAUCAAGAGAAGAUUGUACUUAUCAACCAUCUACAAAGAACUUUCUGCUACUCCUUUACAUGCAAAAGUACCACUGUCAAUUGUCAAGCGGAACAUUUGGUGUAAUAUUUGCAUUGACCUUGUGUCAUUCACCAGUGAGAUAUUCAAAGGAGCAGCUUUUCUGUCUUUGGAUGGAAUAAUUGUCUCAGCAAGCUGUAAACUAAGGAAGGUCUUUACAAUGAAGCUACAGCCCCAAGACACUGCUGAUGAAGAUGAUCCCUACAAUCCCCCUGCUAAUGGACCAAUAGACCUAAUUCCUAGAAGCUGCCAGUUUACAACAGAUGUGCCCCAUGUUACACAGAUGAUAAACAUGGAUAAGCUCAGAGUGGCUGAAGUUAAGAUCAGUGGACGCCCCUUAUCUACAGAAUCUGAACAGACAAGCAACCAUGGAACAGCCAGUGCCCGUAGCAUCAGAAAUCAGGAUGCGUGCCACAUUGCAUUUGGAUCAAAGGUAUUGGGACCACCUCCAGCCACAGGGAGGAAAAUAAGCACAUCUGGUCCCAAAGAGACGGGCAGCUCUCUGGGUAGCACAAUUACCAGAACUUCUUAUCAGGCUAGACAAAGUAGUGGCGAUAGAUCGGACAGCCAGACAGACCGGUCCGAAAUCUCCAGUACCAGACAUACAGAAACACAACCACAGAGUGUCCAGGGAAAUCAUCAAUCAUCUCAGCCUGUCACCUUAGUGGAACAUAAUUUCCUAAAGCCCCAUCCUCCACAGAAGCAACCCGCGGAGAGGCCAAGCAGGAGGAAACAGCGGGUUCAAAGUGCUGGAAAAGAAGGGAGUGUGCUGUCUGAUGGCACUUCAUCAGUACAAUCUGUAAAUAAAGGCAGAUCAUCAGUUCUUCCUCUCCACAGGAGAAUAAACAGUGAAGGUGCUUUACACACCUCCAGACUUCGGAAGGAGUCGAGUUAUAAGAUAGCAGAUGAUUGGAUUUUCCCUGAUCUUUCAGAGGACAGCUAUGGGUCCCAUUCUUCUGAGAAAGCCUUGGUGCCUCUUCAGUCAGUCAGCAGUGAUUUAUACCCUGACCUGAAUGGAAGUGACAAAGAGGAUGGGAGUGAGGAUGAGGAAAAGGAACCUCAGCUGAAUUUGAAGGACGUUUUUACUUAUUCUUCGAGGCCACACUCUGCUUCACAUGGAAAAUCACAGAACACAUCUGGUGAAGGCUUCAUGUCCCUGCUAGACAUGGGAGGAGAUGGUGAUCAGGACCGGAGGGGAGCCAGGUUUGAGGAUGAUUUCCUUGGAAGUGAUAGUGAAGAGGAUGAUUUCCGUUCAAGAUUCAUCGGACCUAGCCCCCGCACAAACCCUGGCACAUCAGUAUACACACAUUUAUCUGGUAUUUCAAAGACCGCAAUACAAAUGAGAUCCUGCAGUUCUGAAUCCAGGUCAUCAGGAGAAUCAUUAACAUCUAUGCCAUCAGAUAUAAAGGUAUCAGAUGGAGGCUUUCCGGCUUUAAAGAAAGCAGAUGGAGAAAAAGUUCGAACCAGCGUGAUUCCAACCCCAAGCCUAUCUCCUACUGGAAACAGGCCUGGACUGCUGAUAGACACUUUGGAUUCCACUAACAGACUGAGGAGUGGCCAAGAUAACCACUUAAGGGCUUCUUUCAACAGAAAAUCCUUAAAGGAAAUCCCAAGAGAUGGAACAAGACUGGCCAUGGAAAAUUCUGACUAUGACUGGCGAAACUACCAGCCAACCAGAAUGAGUGCCUCUGAGCUGUGCAUGUUGGCCAGUCUCCAGAGGCAGCAGAACGAGGAGCUAGAGGAUGAUGGGAAUUCGCCUGGUCUCAGCGCCUCACAGAUUGACAACUGUAACGUCAGCAUUAGCACAAGCAGUGACGACACAACCACAUGGAACUCCUGCCAACCACCUCCUGUCAAUCAAGGCCAUCAUUAUCAGAAAGAAAUGAGCCCACUCGCACAUUCCAACCCACGGGACUGGUUGAAUGUUUUUAGUCCUCCAAUUAUUCCACCAAGCCAACAAAUGGGAGAGGGCAACAUCCACCAACACAAGAAAGGGCUUUCAACAGGGAGUGAGAUGCAUAACGUCGUCGACGAUGAUGAUGAUGAAGUUCUAACUUUACUGUAUGACCCUUGUCUCAACUGUUACUUUGACCCAGAAACUGGAAAGUACUAUGAAUUAGUAUAACUAGAAAAAUAAAUCAAUUAGCAAUUAGCAUUUUUUGUGUUCUUCAGAAACUUCAAAUAUAUUCUUAAUUGAAUUACUGUAUUGUAAAAUAUAUAAUUUCAUUUGAACAACAGUGUUUAACGGUACUAUUGUGUGUG